CCCAGCAGCCCAAAGGACAGAGUGGCUUGGAGGGUAAAUUUCAUUUUUCCUCGCCCUCUGGUGGCUUUCAGGCAAGGUGUUGCAGAGCUGUCGGUCACAGACUGCUCUCAAAGAGUCUGUGAAGCUCUGUGUCUUGCAACUUCUUCCGUAAGAUGGUGCACAGUAUCCAAUGAAGAGCAGGAAAAAUGCCAAAGGCUUAAGCAGGAAUGCUUUGCCCAGCAACAGUCCAAGGAUUUUCCAGAACUGAUUUGUGUGAAGAAGACUGAUCACCAGGAGUGCAUAACAGCUAUUAAAAACUCAGAUGCAGAUGCCAUCACUUUAGAUGCUGGUCUUAUUUUAGAAGCAAGCUUGAACCCUUAUUUUCUAAAGCCUGUUAUAGCUGAACUUCAUUCAAAAGGCCCAAGAGUAACUACUACUAGUUAUCAUGCCAUUGCUGUUGUGAAGAAAGGAACUAUUACUUCACUUGAGGACCUCAAAGGAAAGAUAUCUUGUCACACUGGUUAUGGAAGAUCUGCAGGCUGGAAUAUCCCAAUAGGAACUCUUGUGUCUAAUGGUCAAAUUCAGUGGGGUGGAAUAGAAUCAGAACCUGUAGAAAAGGCUGUGGAGAAAUUCUUUGCAGGUGGUUGUGCCCCAGGUGUCAAAAAUGCACCAAAACUGUGCCGUGCUUGCCGUGGAAACUGUGACUGGAAUGAUCCUUUUGUUGGAUAUUCAGGAGCCUAUCAGUGCCUGAAAUCUGGAGCUGGACAUGUGGCUUUUGUGAAUGAGGCAGUCGUAUUAGCUGACAGUGCAGAAGAAAGAAGCAAGUAUGAAUUACUUUGUCUUGAUGGCACCAGAAAGCCUAUUGAAGAAUAUGAAUCCUGUCACUGGGCUAGAGUGUCAGCUCAUGCUGUGGUAGCACGACCUGAUGAUUCGGCAGUUAAAAUCUGGAAACUCCUUUCCUAUGCACUGGAACAGAUGAAGCAAAAGCAACCAAGAUGCCAACUUUUUAAAUCUUCUCAGGACUCUGGCAAAGAUCUCCUGUUUAAGGAUAGCGCAGUUGGUCUCACUCCAGUGCCUAAACAAGCAGAUGCUGAACUUUACCUAGGUCCUAAGUACUGUGCUGCAAUACAUGCUCUCAAAAGAGAGAGAUCUGAUCCAGAGCCUGAUACCACAGAAAGAAUUGUGUGGUGUGCAGUGGGCAAGGCUGAAAAGGAUAAAUGUGAUACGUGGAGUGCACAGAGCAAUGGUGCCGUUGAAUGUGCUGUUGCAGACAAAACAGAAGAUUGCCUUAUCAAGAUCAUAAAAAGAGAAGCUGAUGCCAUUACCUUGGAUGGAGGACAUAUCUACACUGCAGGAAAAUGUGGCCUUGUCCCAAUAUUGACAGAAAUCCCUCGUGAAGAGUCUGCUGCCUGCAUCGAUCCCACAAAAGGUGUAACAGCUAAAGGUUACAUUGCUGUAGCUGUUGCUAAGAAAAGUGAUAGUGAGAUCAACUGGAACAAUCUGAGAGGAAAGACCUCCUGUCAUACUGGUGUUGGUAGAACUGCUGGCUGGAAUAUUCCCAUGGGUCUCCUUAACCUUCUACAUAAUCUUAAUUGUAGCCUUGAUACAUUCUUCAGUGGAAGCUGUGCGCCAGGUUCACCUCUUGAGUCUUCAUUGUGCAGACUGUGCAAAGGCAGCGGUGAUGAAGGUGGCCUGUCUGAAAAAUACAAAUGUAAACCUAACAGCAAUGAAAUAUACUAUGGGUAUGCAGGUGCUCUUCGAUGCUUGAUUGAAGCAGGACAGGUAGCUUUUGUUAAACAUACCACCAUCACUGAUGUCACACAAGGAGAGAACAGACCUGCUUGGGCAAGUGGUUCUUCUCCUUCUGAUUUUGUUCUUCUGAACAAAAAUGGUGAGCGUUGUCGUUAUGAUGAGUAUAGAAGAUGUGGUUUGGCCCAAGUUUGCAAUCAUGCAGUGGUGACUACUCCUGAACGAGCAGAAGUGGUUAAAAAGGUGCUACUUGAGCAACAGAAACUAUUUGGACCGCAGGGAAGUCAGAAAGAUGUCUUCUCAUUAUUCCAAUCUGAAGCCAAAGAUAGCUUGUUCAAAGAUGGCACAGAAUGCUUAGCUGUUCCAAAUGAAGUUACCUUUCAGCAAUAUCUUGGGCAGGAAUAUCUGCAGUCUCUUGAAGGAUUCACUAAAUGUUCAUCUUCAGAACUCCUUAAGGUCUGCACCUUCCAUCAACAUGACUGGUGAAUAUCAAGUUCUUGCAGUGAAAUAAAAUGGAUGCUUCAUACUUACUUGCCCAAAGUUGACAAAAGUCUACCAUACUUACUUUAUUCUUCUUUAAUACUGUUUAAUUCUGUUAAACAUUCCAUUAUGGCUUUGUAACUCUGUAGAGUCACUAGUGCAAAAAAUAAAUAGAAUUAACACCUACAGUUUAA